CGAACUGACUCUUCGCCAUGCUUCUUUCUCGCCAGUCUACUCUCUCUCCUCUCCGUCUCUUCCUCUCGCAAUCUCUCCUUCCUUUGUUUCUCCGUUUCUUUUGCGUGGGACAAAAAAAGCGAAAAUAAAGAGAAUUAAAAAGAGAGGGAGAGGGAGGAAGAGGACGGAAUCGAAGAGAGCGCGUCUGCAUUUGGCGCCUUAGCGUAAGAAAGCUGCCGAGUGGCACAAGAGAGAAAGAUUCUAGUUUGUGUAAAGAAAAAGAGGAGAUUGGUACGCGGCGCAGGAAUUGAUGAAGGGUUACUCGGCGGCGGUGCCGCCGUGCAAGCGGAGGUGGCGGGGGCCGACAGUGGUGAUUGGUGCCCUCGUCUUCUUCUCGUUGCUCGUACCUCUUUCGUUUCUCCUCGGUUUUCAUAACCGCUUCCCAUCGGGAUUUUUGGCUGACGAUCGUCUUCCAUUGGCCCAGGAGACGAGCUUUGGCAGCAAUGGACGAGUGGAGAGCGUUCAAGAAUACUUCGAGGAGAUUACAGAGGAAGAAGCCAUGAGACCAGCUGAUUCGACUGUUUACACCAAAAAUGAUGCUGUCUCUUUGGGCAAACCUGCGCCUAGCUCAAAUAAAAAAGAUAGCACUUAUCAGUUUCAUCCAGAAAAAGCUGUCUCUCCUAUACAUUCUCAGAUUCAUCUAAACAACCCAAUCUCUCCUAUUAAAAAAAAGGACUAUAACUCCCAUGGUAAAGUGAUGCCUACUCCCCAAAUUGCUAAAGCAGAAUUUACUCCAUCUAUCAAUACAAAAGAAAAUUUUGGAGGGAUCGGGAAGGGUAACUUGGAAGUUAUAGCUGUUGAUGGUAUUAAAAAAUCGUGCCAGCUUGAAUUUGGAAGCUACUGCCUUUGGUCAACAGAACAUAAAGAAACAAUGAAGGAUUCUAUGGUGAAGAGACUCAAAGAUCAGCUUUUUGUAGCUAGAGCGUAUUAUCCAAGCAUUGCCAAACUUAAAGCACAGGAGAGCUUGACACGUGAACUUAAGCAAAAUAUCCAAGAUCAUGAGAAAAUUCUGAGUGAUGCUAUUUCAGAUGCUGAUCUACCACCAUUUGUCGCAAAGAAGAUACGGAAAAUGGACGAAACAAUUGCCAAAGCCAAACAAUGUUCUAUCGAUUGCAGUAAUGUUGACAGGAAGCUAAGGCAGAUUCUUGAUCUGGCUGAGAAUGAAGUUCAUUUCCAUAUGAAGCAGAGUGCAUUCCUGUAUAACCUUGGUGUGCAGACUAUGCCCAAAAGUCUGCAUUGCUUGUUUAUGAGAUUGACUGUGGAGUGGUUCAGUUCUUCAUCAGAAGACAGAGGAUUACAUGCUCAGAAAAUUGGAGACCCAAGCUUUAGACAUUAUGUGGUUUUCUCUAGAAAUGUUCUUGCAGCAUCAGUUACUAUCAAUUCAACAGUGAUGAAUUCAGAGGCAACAGAAAAUAUGGUUUUUCAUUUGAUAACCGAUAAGCAGAACUACUAUGCUAUGAAAUAUUGGUUCAAAACGUCUUCUUUCAAGGAAGCAUUCAUUCAUGUUAUAAAUAUUGAUAAAUUCAAAAUGGUUCGCCCGCAUAGUUUAGCUCUUCCACCACUCUCUUUCUCUGAGGAGUUCCGGAUUACAAUGCACAACAUGAAUAAAUCCUCAACUGUGCCGAUGAAAACUGAAUACAUGUCAGUUUUUGGCCACUCACACUUUCUUCUUGCUGAAAUAUUCAAGAAUCUGAAGAGAGUGGUGGUUUUGGAUGAUGAUAUGGUGGUUCAGCAAGACCUGUCACCCUUGUGGAACCUGGACAUGGAAGGGAAAGUAGUUGGAGCAGUAGAAUCCUGUGGUAUGACAUUGGAUCAUCUAAAAGCUUACAUGCCGAGGAACAAAUAUGAUCCUGAUUCCUGCGUAUGGAUGUCUGGACUGAAUGUGGUAGAUUUGGCAAAGUGGAGAGAGAAAAAUGUUACUGGCAUCUACAAUAAGUUCAUAUGGAAGCAGAUGAAAAUUACGAGUGAAGCAUCAUGGAGAGCUUCAAUGCUUCCUGCAAGCUUAAUGGCAUUCCAAAAUCUGGUUUACCCAUUAGACAGUUCAUGGACUCUAUCUGGGCUUGGUUAUGACUAUCGGAUCAGUGCUGCUGCUGUGAAAGAUGCAGCUACGCUACACUACAAUGGAAAUAUGAAGCCUUGGCUUGAACUGGGCAUACCAAUUUAUAAAAGGCACUGGAAGAAAUUUCUCAUGAAGGGGGACCGGUUCAUGAAUGGCUGUAAUGUAAACCUAUAGUAUAUGAAUGCAAAAUUUCAGGUUCGAUAACUUGAUUUUUUAGAGCUGCCAAUUUUGAGUGCAUGAAGGAUUUAUAUCACAGAUCAGAGGCAGAUAACUUCCAUAAUAAAGGGAGGAAGAGCCUUGUUUAACUGGUUUCUUCAAUUUGAACUACUAUUACUUUCUGAUUACUGGGAAGGGAUAACACUGGUGCAACCAUAACGCUGGGAGUUGCACAAGAGUUUCUAUUCAGAGGUCACUGUUCUGUAAAUGUUUUUCAAGUUUUUUCUGAUAUUAGUCAAUUGAUUCAUUCAUUUCUGAGUAAACAACCCAAUUGUUAUUUGGUGGUCCGCCUUAACUGAUUUUGGCUGUAUGUUACUAAUGCCCUCUUUUCCCCCAUCUCGUAAGCAUUUUCCCACCCACUGCCAGAAAAAUAAUAAUAAUAAAAUUCAUUUUUUU